AUGGGCAUGAUGAAUUGUAUCAGUACCGACCCGUUAGCCAAGGGCGAAGAUUUGAACUCUGCUUGUGAGAUUUUGAGUAAUCCAUUGAAUCUUUUUUUAACACACAGGCAUGAAGCAAAAUUCAUCGAAAGAAUCGUUAAAGAUAUUUCACUAAAGCCACAUUUUAUCAAUUCGAGUGUUGAUGGGAAAUUAGUAGGCAUGGGACCCGUAGAGAUGAGCUCGGUACCGACUGGGAUCAAGGGUAUGGGAGGUGGUGGGAAAACGACCUUACCCAGAGCUGUUUUUGAUCACAUAUCCAAUUGGUUUGAUGGUAAAAGCUUUGUUGGGAAUGUCAAAGAAGAUUCAAAACGUUCUUCGUCUGGUUUAAGGAAACCGCAAAAACAGAUCCUUAAAAAUGUGCUAAAUGAUGACGACAUUGAUGUAGCUGGUGUUUCUGAUGUAAAAAGUAAGAUGAAAAAAUACAUGGGUAGUAAAAAGGUUCUUAUAGUUCUAGAUGAUGUGGAUGAUAUAGGCCAGCUUGAAGCGUUAGCAGGUGACGAAGCAAUUUGCCUGUUUAGUAGGUAUGCGUUUGGAAGGGAGAUUCCAAAUCAAGGAUACCGAGAGUUAUCCGGAAAAGUUGUACAUUACGAUGCUGGUCUUCUCUUAACAAUCAAAGUUUUGGGUUCACAUCUUUGUGGUAGAAGUAAGAAUGAAUGGGUAGAUGCGUUAGAAAGACUAAAAACAAUUCCUUUGAAGGAAACUUUGGAGAAAUUGGAACUAAGUUAUAAUGGUCUAGAGGAUGAUCAAAAAGAAAUAUUUUUAGAUAUUGCUUGCAUACUAAAAGGCGAAACAAAGAAGAAUGCAAUCAGAAUACUUGAAAGCUGUGGAUUUCGUGCUCAGAUUGGUCUAAGAGUUCUUGAACAGAAAUCUUUAAUAACUAUAUCUAUGGUUGUUUAUGAUGAUGAUAACGACGACCAGGACGAGAUGUUGCAUUUGCAUGACCAUAUAGAAGAAAUGGGCAGGAAUAUUGUUCGGCGUUUGCACCCUGAUGAUCCUAAGAGACAUAGUCGGUUAUGGAUUAAAGAGGAAAUUGAAGAUAUAUUGGUUAAUGAAUCGGGUACUAAAGCAACCAGAAGUAUUAUACUGAAGAAUACAGAUCUCCAUACAUCGAUUGUCAUAAAAGGUCUUAGAAACAUGACCGAACUUAGAUUUCUGUAUGUGAAUAGUGGAUAUGGUGGAUGGAAUGUUGAUGCAGUUCUUAAUAAGCUAAGGUUCCUUGACCUUAGAUUUUCAAAGCUGGGAACCCUUGACCUUGGGAUGACUCCAAAUCUUGAGAUGUUACAUCUUGAAGGAUGUCAAGAAUUUGCAGAAUUGCGCAUGCAUGUUGAAUAUCCAAAGCUCAAAUUUCUCAACCUGAGUGGUUCUAUGGUGAGUACCUUUAACCUUGGGUUGACUCCACAUCUUGAGACAUUAAAUCUUCGAGACUGUAAUAACUUUGUAGAUCUCCACAUGCCCGUUAAAUGCCCGAACCUCGAAUUUCUCGACCUCAUUGGUUCUAAGGUGAGUUACUUAAACCUUGGGAUGACUCCACAUCUUAAGACGUUAUGUAUUGGAGGAUGUAAUAAAUAUGUAGAACUCCACAUGCCUAAUGAAUGUCCGAACCUCGAAAUCCUUGUCCUCAAUGAUUCUAAGGUGAGUAACUUUGACCUUGGGAUGACUCCACAUCUCAAGUGGUUAAAUCUGGAAGAAUGUAAAAACCUUGUAGAACUCCAUAUGCCCUUUGAAUGUCCAAAGCUCAAAUUUCUUAGCCUCCGUGGUUCUAAGGUUCAUAACUUUAACCUUGGAUUGACUCCAAAUCUCAAAAGGUUAGAUCUUGGAAGAUGUAAGGAGUUUGUAGAACUCCACAUGCCUGUUGAAUGCCCGAAGCUCAAAUUCCUCGACCUAAGUGGUUCUAAGGUGACUAACCUUAAUCUUGGUCUCACUCCAUAUCUGGAGGUGUUAAAUCUUAAAGAAUUUGGUCUUGAUUCUGUAGCUGCAUUAGAUUUAACUGCAGAGUCCCUAGACAUAUGCCCGCUACAUCCUAACAGUAAUUUGCCGAAGUUUCAGUUUAAAUGUAAAUAUGACGAACCUCUAUCCUCAUCGAGUGGAAACCUUGAGAAGCUUAUUUCUUUUGGUCUAUGUGCUUGCACAAACCUUCAGUCUUUUUCAGCAAGCAUUUGUGGUUUACAAUGUUUACAAGUUCUUACACUUGAAGGCAGUAUUCCUGAGGUGCCCAAGGAUUUGGGGCAGUUAGAAAGUCUAGAAGAGAUAAAUUUGUUGUUGAAACGGAUUAAGAGUCUUCCAGAUAGCAUUUGUAAGUUGAAACAUCUGAAAUCUCUUAAACUUAGAUCUUGUUUCCUUCUUGAGCAGUUACCCAAUGAUCUUGGCAGAUUAGAGGGUUUGGUGGAGUUAUACAUAGAGGAUUGUAUAUCUUUACGAGAUAUUCCGAAUAGCAUUUGUAACAUGAAAUGUUUAGAAUAUUUACAUCUCUCCAAUUGUAUUCAAGUUGAAAAAUUGCCAAAGAAACUUGGACGUUUGAAACGUUUAAUAGAGAUAGAUAUAAGAGGUACAAGCAUAAGCCGUCUACCACAGAGCAUCAUCCAGAGAGCAGUUUUCUGCUGA